GGUGGUAAACAGCAGCAAACUACCGGCUGUGCUCACUAAUCCAACAUGUCUGCGCCCUGAAGGAUGCUGCUAACGGCGUGAAGGUACAGGACAAGUGACAGUGGGUGCAUUCUCAGCUGACUUGGAGGCAGAUUUAAGGAUUUCCAGACAGACCAGGAUGUCAAAGAUCUCGAAGGCAGCCAAGGCUGUGAAGAAAUUCGAUGCAAGCCAUGUAAUCCGGGCUAUAGUGAGGUCAGGACAAGCUGCCCCUGGACCCCCGCUAGGCCCUAUCUUGGGACAGAAAGGAAUCGCCAUCGGACAGUUCUGCAAGGACUUCAAUGAGCAAACCAAGGAGCUGAAGGAGGGCAUCCCUCUCCCAGUCAAGAUCAAUGUGAAGCCUGACAGAACCUAUGACCUGAAGAUCGGCCAGCCCACGGUGUCUUACUUCCUCAAGCAAGCAGCGGGCAUCGCGAAAGGCGCUGGAAAGACAGGCCACGAGACAGCAGGGAUGGUGUCGGUGAGGGCAGUGUAUGAGAUUGCCCAGGUGAAAGCCCAGGACGAGUGCUUCAAAAUAAGGAACGCCUCUCUAGAAUACGUUGUCAAAUCCAUUGUCGGCUCUGCUCGUUCGCUGGGCAUCAAGAUCGUCAACGAUCUCUCAGCUGAUGAGUACAAAAUCUUCUUGGAGCAGAGAGAGUUGAAGUUGAAAGCUGAUGCAGAAGCCGCUGCAGCUGCUGCAGUUGAAGCGGGCAAAAGGAAAUGAAGACCUGCAACAUCUAAUAUUAACGCCCCCAUUCCUGUUUCUAUUGACUCUAUAAAUGAUCCACAUUCUUAAAAAAAAAAACACUGUUAACGUUGUACGUGUCUGAUCUUAAUAAACAGUUGUUAUGUAAUAUA